AUGUCUACAGCUUCCCCUCUCCACCACGGUCACGGCAAUGGCAGCUAUGCCAACUCGCCCGCUCCUACCGGCGUGACUGGCCGCGACGCUGGCGUCACGGCGGCUGCUGUCGCUGACUCGGCCGUCCGUUCCGGCUCGGUGCCUGCUUCGGCUUCCGGUAGCGCCCCAGGCUCCGCUUCCGGCUCCAUGUACGGCGAAGGACACGCUCACCACCCUGCCCACCACCACCACUCGGGUCAUCAUGCUCACUCGCACGGAGCGCUUGCCAGCCCCGUCAACGGUGGACACAGCUCGAGCUGGUCGCCCUACGGCUAUCCUUCGGCGCCCGUCUACGGCGGCAGCCCGAGCCCGUAUGGCCACAACGCCUACUCGCAGUACGCUAGCGGGUAUGGCUAUACCAACGGUGCCGCUCACCACGUUGCCACGGCCCCUACCACCCCUGCUGCCAACGGCACUACCUACCAUACCGGCGUCAAUGGCAUGAUGAUGCACCACGGACAGCACACUGGCUACGGAUAUGGCGGCCACCACCUCGGUUCGCACACACCUACCCACACGCAUAGCCACUCGUCUGCCUACUUCAUGAACGGGGACGGCUCUCACAGCCACCUUAAUGGCUCCACGCACCUCUCGUCUCCCUCGUACGCCUCGGCCCCGCAAUACUCGACCCAGCUGCCGCUCGCCGGACGACACCGUGUCACCACUACGCUCUGGGAGGAUGAGGGCACGCUCUGCUUCCAGGUCGACGCCCGUGGUGUCUGUGUUGCUCGAAGGCACGACAACAACAUGAUCAACGGCACCAAGCUGCUCAACGUCUGCGGCAUGUCGCGCGGCAAGCGAGACGGUAUUCUCAAAAAUGAAAAGGAGCGCAUCGUUGUCAAGGUUGGCGCCAUGCAUCUCAAGGGUGUUUGGAUCUCGUUUGCCCGUGCCAAGCAGCUGGCCGAGCAGAACGGCAUCGCUGAUGCACUCUACCCGCUCUUUGAGCCCAACAUCCAGUCGUUCCUGUACCACCCGGACAACUACCCCAGAACUGCGGCCGUCAUUGCUGCUGCUCAGGAGCGACAAGCGCAGCGUCAGCGCGCCCCUGGUAUGCCCAGCCCGGGCGCCAACGGCACUUCGCAAGCACCUCCUCUCAUGCGCGCCAACACUACUCCAUCCAACGGCGACGCGUCGGGGUUUGGUAGCGGGCUGAGCAGCAGCACCAGCUGGGCUGGCUCUCACGACCAGGGCCACGCCUCUGCUCCCACCACCACUCAGCCCUCGCCCUCGUCUUUGCACAAUGGUGCUGCCACGCAGAUGCACAUGAGCCUCUCUAACCACGGCACCUCUUCGCCCACCUAUUCGCAACAGCAGCAGUACCCCAUGACCGCCGCACAGCAGCUGGCUCGACCUCCUGCCGGCGACCGACGUCACUCGACACCCAUCACGCUAAACAACGUUGCUCAGGCUGGCCACGCAGACAACGCAUAUGGCGCUGCCAACCUCGGUGCAGCCGCCAACGGAGGUCUUGUCAACGGAGCUCGCAAAGUCUCCGGCCUGAAGCGCUCCUGGAACGAUGCCGAGGACUUCAACGGUUCCGCCACGGCCUCUCCGUCGGAACGCGACAUGCAGCGAAGCGGCAGCGGUGGUUCCAACGGCUACAAGCUUGAGGGCGAUGACUCGCACAGUCCCGACACGUCGGACGACCGUCUUGCCAAGAAGGCCAAGGGUCUGUCCCAGCGCGGAGGCGUUGCUGCCACUGCUACUACUGGCAUGUCUUCGCUGUCGAGCAACAUGCUCAUGGGUGUCGGCAACGGCAACGGCAUCCACCACGAGUAA